AUGGAUACUAGACAGAAAGACAAGGAGAAAGAGAAGGAGAAGGACGUGCCUCCAGGGGAAAGAACUCCUAAGGAUUGGACCUGGACCGUGGUAAAGGAAAGAUGCCGUGAGGAUUCAAGCCAAGGGAAGAUGUGUGGUGAAUGGGGGACUAAGAGGACAAAGUCACGGAAGGGCAAGGAAGCGGCUGGUGCUUCUGUACCGGUUGUUGGAGAUGGGACCAAUCUCACCCAAGUGUUGCCAACCUUAACGGGGCUGGUUAACAAUGAGACCGGGGAGCCCUUGAAGCCGAUCCUGCCUACUGAGGUUCAGGUAGAUAACCUGGGCGAGCAACAGGAGUUGGGACGUGAAGAGGAAGGUGAAUCCUCCCAUGCAGGAGACCAGACGGGUCGUGGAACAGGUGCAGUAGAGUUGGCCGAGCCGUCCAUGCGCGAGGUGUUAGACGUGGUUAAGGCCAUGGGCACUCAGAUGUUGGCUUUCACUCGAGCAUUCACCCCCUUGGUGAAUUCUUCUGUGGGCCAGGUCACACCAGCUCAGGCCACGGCUCAGGCAACUCAGAGAGCAGCUCAAAUAGCUGGGACAGCAGCAGAUGUAGCGCAAGCAGCUGCACGGGUAGCUCGAACAGCUGCUAGGACAGUUGAGGAUCAAGCUACAGUCGAGGCUGAUGUAAUGGAGAUCGACCCACCAGCUCGUCCAGCUAGGAGAGUGGAUUAUUUGAGCUUGUUAGCUCACAUCUCCAAGCUAGGUACGAAGCAGUUUGCUGGUAGUGCUGAUCCUAUUGAGGCAGACGAGUGGAGGAGCAGGUUAUCUCGGAACUUCAGCUCAACUCGUUGCCCAGAGGAGUACAAGAAGGACAUUGCAGUUCACUUCCUGGAAGGUGAUGCACACAACUGGUGGUUAGCUCUGGACAAACGCACCAAUGGAAGUAUUGAGCGUUUUUUAGAUUUUGAGGUGGAGUUCAACCACAAGUACUUUCCAGCUGAAGCAUGGGAUCGUCUGGAGUCUCAGUUCCUGGACUUGACUCAGGGACGCAUGUCAGUACGUGAGUACGAGGAGAAGUUCAACAGGCUCAGGCGUUACGUAGGUAAGGAGCUGGAAGAAGAGACGGUGCAGAUACGUAGGUUUGUCCGAGGCCUAAGGGUCGAACUGCGAACCUACUGCUCAGUUGGUCAUUUCCAGACAGUGUCUGAACUCGUGGAGAGGAGGAUGGCUAUGGUUGAGACUAACCUGGCCGAAGAGGCUAAGCUGAAAUCCAGGAGCCAUGCGUCUUCUAGUGGUUCCGGGAGUGACCGGAAGAGGAAAAGGGACACGGCCGAGGAGAGUAGAACCUCAAGUGGUAGGUCUGAAUGUCCUAAGUGUGGGAGACGUCAUGGAGUCGAGUGCUGGAAGGCUAUGGGAGCUUGUACUCGUUGUGGCAAGAUGGAUCACUCAGCUCGGGACUGUCCAGGGCCGGAACAAGGCCGCAGACAGGGCUCAAGUGGGGGUGAUUCCAGGGGAUGUCACCAUUGUGGAAAGGCAGGACAUUUCAAACGAGAAUGUCCCAAACUCCAUGCAGAACAGGAGAAGGGCCGCGGUGAGGCAAGCAAGCCAAGCCAGAGCCGGGGCCAGACCUCUACGCCAAGGGUUUACGAGCUGUCCAAGAACGGGGACGAGACUAAACCGUUCAAGUCGAUCACUGGGUUAAUCGGAAAGGGUUUGUUCCAGAUUGGGACAGGGGGUGAUGGAUGCAUAGUAUAUGCAGCCGGUGGCCAAGUGAUGCAUUCAUUGGGACUGGUUAAGGACAUCCCAGUGAUGAUCCAGGACAGGGUAAUGCCUGUGGAUCUGGUUGUAGUCCCCCUUAAGAAUCACGAGGUGAUAUUGGGUAUGGACUGGCUUGGAAAGAAUCAGGCCACCUUAGAUUGCCACUGGGGUAGGGUGCAGUUUGAGAGUGGGUGUGGACCCCCGAUCAGGUUCCAGGGUAUUAAGCCGGCCUCAGGUUGCUUAGUGGUAUCAGCAAUCCAAGCAGAACAGAUGCUUGAGAAGGGUUGUGAGGCUUACUUGGCCACAAUCACCACUAAGGAGGUCGUGGGGAGUGGUGACCCAGAUGGGAUACCGAUGGUCAGUGAGUUCAAGGAUGUGUUUUGGACGCUACAGGGUAUUCCCCCUGAUAGGGCAGAUCCGCUGUGUAUUGAUUACAGAGGGUUGAAUAGGGUGACCGUGAAGAACAAGUACCCAUUACCCAGGAUUGAUGAGUUUUUGGAUCAGCUUAAGGGAGCCAAGUGGUUUUCCAAGAUUGAUUUGGCCUCAGGGUAUCAUCAAAUCCCAAUAGAGCCCAAUGAUAUCAGGAAGAUGGCAUUCCGGACCAGGUAUGGCCACUAUGAGUUUGUGGUUAUGCCAUUUGGUCUGACCAAUGCUCCAGCUGCGUUCAUGAAGAUGAUGAAUGGUAUCUUCCGAGAUUUUUUGGAUGAAUUUGUAAUCAUCUUUAUAGAUGACAUACUUGUAUAUUCCAGAAGCAAGGAAGAUCAUGAGAGGCAUCUGAGGGCAGUAUUGGAACGGCUAAGAGAACAGCAGCUCUUUGCUAAGUUAAGCAAGUGUAGUUUUUGGCAGAGGAGCAUUGGGUUCGUUGGACACAUUGUCUCAGACCAAGGAGUGUCUCUAGAUCCGGAAAACAUCCAGUCUAUCCGGGCUUGGCCGCAACCUAAGAAUGCUACGGAGGUCAAAAGCUUUCUAGGGUUGGUCGGCUACUACAGAAAGUUUUUCAAAGGGUUUGCGAGUUUGGCUCAACCCAUGACUCAACUCACAGGCAAGGACAUGAAGUUUGUCUGGACAGGGGAGUGUGAGAAGUGUUUCACGGCCCUGAAGGACAUGUUGACGAGUGCGCCAGUCGUGGUACUGCCUGAGGCGGAUCAGCCUUAUGUAGUGUAUACGGACGCGUCCAUCACAGGGUUGGGAUGCGUUCUGACUCAACAUGGGAAGGUGAUUGCCUAUGCUUCAAGACAACUGAGAAAGCAUGAAGGGAAUUAUCCAACCCAUGAUUUGGAGAUUGCGGUCGUGGUAUUUGCAUUGAAAAUCUGGAGAUCAUAUCUAUAUGGUGCUAAAGUGCAGAUCCUUACCGACCAUAAGAGCCUCAAGUACGUAUUCACUCAACCAGAAUUGAAUUUGAGGCAGAGGCGAUGGAUGGAGUUCGUGGCCGACUAUGAUUUGGACAUUGCUUACCAUCCUGGUAAAGCAAACUUGGUAGCAGAUGCUUUGAGCCGUAGGAGGGCCGAGGUAUCAGCUGAGAAGGAAGCGGAUGUGCUGGAAGGGAUGGUCCGGUCUUUGCAUCUGAACAGUUUGGCCAGCGAGGACGAGCCUUUGGGUUUAGAGGCAGUAAACCAGGCUGAUCUCCUUACCAGGAUCAGGCAAGCACAAGGCUUGGACGAGAACCUACAAAAGGUUGCUCGGAACGAACUGGCUGAGUACCAGAUCACAUCAGAUGGAACCAUUCUGGUACGAGGGCGAGUCAGUGUACCCAAUGAUAAGAAUCUGAAAGAAGAGAUUAUGAGGGACGCUCAUAAAUCCAAGUUCUCAAUACAUCCUGGUGCAACAAAGAUGUAUCAAGAUCUUAAGAGGUAUUAUCAUUGGAUACAAAUGAAGGUAGACAUAGCUGAGUGGGUGGCCAAGUGUGCUACUUGCCAGUUAGUCAAGGCGGAGCAUCAGGUUCCGAGUGGGUUGUUACAAAGCUUACCCAUUCCGGAAUGGAAGUGGGAUCACAUCACUAUGGAUUUUGUGACCGGCUUCCCCACAACCAGGAAAAGGAAUGAUGUGGUUUGGGUGGUAGUAGAUAGACUCACCAAAUCAGCACACUUCCUGCCCUUGAAGAAAUCAGAUGGGGUCGACCAGAUCGUGGUCAACUAUAUGGACGAGAUCAUGUGGCUACAUGGUGUUCCAUCUAGCAUCGUGUCUGAUAGGGACCCGAGGUUUACUUCACGUUUCUGGAAGGCUUUUUAA